AUUACAGAAGAAGAAGGAUUAGCGAAAGGGAAAGUGUCUCCAGAGUUAGAAACUGUUUUGUGAGGCUACCGCAAAAGCAGUGAACAUUUCUGAAUCAUGGGCAAACUGUCUGUCUUUUUGUUUGUUCUUUCAUUUUCCACCAUUGUCAACGCAGGUUCAGGAUCACAUUCUCUGUGGGCACUUGCAAAUUACAUCAUCGGGGAGACGCCUUUCCCUGAGUUUACGGCUGUGGUGAUGUUGGAUGACAUCCAUGUGGUUUACUAUGACUCCAACGAUAAACAGCCUGUCUACAGGGGACCUAAACCAAAUGGAAAAAUACAUGAUGAAGUAGUACAGGAUGGAGAUUAUGUGUUUGGAAUUAUGUACCACCACAUGAAAGGCAGAUCAUUUCACCUAAAGCACCACUUUAAUCUCACAGGAGGUGUUCAAGUUCAGCAAAGAUUGACUGGCUGUGAAAUGUUGGACAAUGGUGAACCAGCUCUGAUCAUGGAAAAAGACACUUUCAAUGCCAUUUAUACAGAUCAAACGUUAUAUUACAACAUGACACAUUUUACAUAUGAUGCUGGGAAACUACGACCAGGAUAUGAUGGGGUGAGGAGAGAAUAUCUUAGAACACUUUAUGGGAAUGUUUUCCUUCCCAUUUGCAUCAGAACACUGAAGAGAAUCCUGAAGAGAGAGAAGAACGUUGUGAUGCGUAAAGUUCCUCCCAGACUCAGGUUGAUAAAGAAAGAGGUUUCUGGAGGGUUUCAGGUGAGCUGCCUGGCGUUUGGUUUCUACCCCCGCCACAUCAACAUGACCCUGCUGAGAGACGGCCAGCCAGUGGCAGAACAGGAGCUGACAGGGGGGGAGGUUCUGCCUAGUGGAGAUGGGACCUACCAGCUGAGGAAGAGUCUGGAGGUCAGUACUGAGGAGCUAAAUAAGAGACACAACUACACCUGUACUGCCUUUCACCUCAGUCUGGACAACAAGCUGGAUGUCAGUUGGGAGUCUGGGGCAGAGAGAGUUCACCUAUCCACCCUCUCAGUUCUACUGGUGAUGCUGCUGAUUCUUAUUCUAUUGGGCAUUUUCAUUUGUGUCAAAGGGAGAAGACGCACCGCAUCGCAGACAUAGUCUCAAGAUUUCAGAUUUAGAUCUUCAGAUUCUAAGACAUAAGGGACAGCGCAUACUUCUGAUACUGAAUGUGUUGUCUUUUGCAGAUCAUCAUUCUAACAAGUUGUCCUAUUAUAAUGUGAGCACAUAUGCUGCCGGCGGGCCCAGUUAUACAGGAAAGCUCAACCUGUGCUCUGCCUCUACAAUCCGAGUGGCUAUUCCUCACGCACCUAGAACCUAACGCUUCAAUAUAGUAUAAAUAUUUAUGAUGAUAGAUGCUUGACUGCCAUUUGACAAAUAUUAACAUUAUCCUAUUUCUGUCAUAUGUUGGGUACAGUCGGCGCUUGCCUUUGUUGGUAAUUAUUGCAAUAGCAUGUUCAAAAGGUUUAAACCAGUUCGCAAUUGUUUUAUUUCAUUCUUUGGCCAAAUUAAGUUCCAACUGUAAUGCUGUGUUUGCCGCCAAUAUAAUAGCAUGCUCAUAUAUUCCCUAUGAACAACUUCUUGACUUACUUUUGAUAUUAUCCUAAUAAAGUGUAGCAACUUUUGUGAA